UGUGCCGCCGGCGGCGGGGGCGGGCGCUGCCGCGCCGGUGGGGCUGGGGCACGGCGCAGAGCCGCGGCCGAGGCAGCGGCGGGAUGGGGUUGGCUUCCUGAAGCGGCGGGGGGCGGGCGGGAGGGGGCUGGUUCUGCAUUUCGGUCCCUCUCCUCCUCCCUCCUGCCCCUCUCUCCUAAGUUCGCGCUGUGCCGCGGCCCCUCCGGAGCGGCUGCCUGCCCCUGCCCCGCUCCCGGCGCUGCCCGCGGCGGGGCGGGCGGGGACAGCGGGGAGCCAAGGCGACCCAAGGAGCGGCCCGCCGCCUUCGGGGAGGCUGUGCUCCGGGCAGCAGCGGGGGGGAGGCGGCUGGCACAGGCGCUGGGCUCUCGUCGCCCGCCCCCCGGCAACGCCGCCGUCUGCCCAGCGCUGGCAGCCCCGGGAGAUGGUGACACAUGAAGCGUGCGGGAAGGACCAUGGUUGAGAGGACCAGCAAGUUCUUGCUGAUCGUGGCCGUCUCGGUGUGCUUCAUGCUUAUCCUGUACCAGUACGUGGGGCCGGGGCUCAGCCUGGGUUCCCCCAGUGGCCGCUCCUACUCGGAGGAGCUGGACCUCUUUCCCACGCCGGACCCGCACUACGUGAAGAAGUACUACUUCCCCGUGCGGGAGCUGGAGCGGGAGCUCGCCUUCGACAUGAAGGGCGAGGACGUGAUCGUCUUCCUGCAUAUCCAGAAGACCGGCGGCACCACCUUCGGCCGGCACCUGGUGCAAAACGUGCGGCUGGAGGUACCCUGCGACUGCCGUCCCGGGCAGAAGAAGUGCACCUGCUACCGCCCCAACCGCCGGGAGACCUGGCUCUUCUCCCGCUUCUCCACCGGCUGGAGCUGCGGGCUGCACGCCGACUGGACCGAGCUCACCAACUGCGUGCCCGGGGUGCUGGACCGCCGGGAGAGCGCCGCCGCCAAGACGCCCAGCUCUUUGAUUUGCUUCCUUUCGAGUUGUAGGACUCUGCCCUAUUACAGAAAAUUCUACUACAUCACACUUCUGAGAGACCCCGUAUCCCGUUACCUCAGCGAAUGGCGUCACGUCCAACGAGGAGCUACUUGGAAGACCUCCUUGCACAUGUGUGAUGGCAGGACACCAACUCCUGAGGAGCUGCCGUCAUGCUACGAAGGCACGGACUGGUCAGGCUGCACACUGCAGGAGUUCAUGGAUUGCCCGUAUAAUCUGGCCAACAACCGCCAAGUGAGGAUGUUGGCUGACUUGAGCUUAGUGGGCUGCUACAACAUGUCUUUCAUCCCAGAGAACAAGCGAGCACAGAUCCUGCUGGAGAGCGCAAAAAAAAACCUCAAAGACAUGGCCUUCUUUGGCCUGACAGAGUUCCAGAGAAAGACUCAGUACCUGUUUGAGAGAACUUUUAAUCUGAAAUUCAUCCGGCCCUUUAUGCAGUACAACAGUACCAGGGCAGGAGGGGUAGAGGUGGAUAACGACACCAUCCGCAGGAUCGAAGAGCUCAAUGACUUGGACAUGCAGCUCUAUGACUAUGCAAAGGACCUCUUCCAACAGCGCUACCAGUACAAACGGCAGCUAGAGAGAAUGGAGCAGAGGAUAAAGAAUCGGGAAGAGAGGCUUCUUCACCGGUCCAAUGAAGCGCUUCCCAAGGAAGAGACGGAAGAGCAAGGACGCUUGCCCACUGAGGACUACAUGAGCCAUAUUAUAGAGAAAUGGUAGCCUAAGCAGACUUUUAUAUUAAUGAUUCUUCUAGGGUUUCCAUAUAAAAGAUCAUGGAAGUAAAAUUGCAAAAACCAACAAGAACUAUUUUAUUUAAAAGCAAGUCUGUAAAACAGAAGGUAGAUUGCUUCCUUAAGCAGGGGGUCUUUUUACUGUUUCUUACAAGACCAAUGAGAUUCUUAAAAAAAAUAAUAAAGACAUAAAAAAAGGGUCAACAUGAUAUUGCAGAGGUAAACCAUGCACAAAUGGAGUUACCCACUCUUAAGGCCAAUCACGAAAGAAUGUUUCUUAUCCUCACAAUUCAAACACCAGUGGCAAAAGCAGGAUUUUUAAGAUCUGUUUAUGCCUUGAGCAUAAUGACAUAAAGAUACAGAAUUAAAAACCAAGGAAAUGGA